AUGGAUAAAAGAAACUUAAAUAAACUUUCAAAUCAGAUAACCAAUAACAAAAUACGCCAUGGCUCAUUAACUAAGAAACCGUCUACAGAUUUAUAUACGGUAAAAAGAAAAAAAAGAAGUUUAAAUAAAAAAGAUACUGGAAGGAGAAUUUCAUUUUUAGAACAACAAGGAACAAUAGUCGAAGAAAGUACAGAUAGUUGUAUAGUGAAUGAGAAAAAGGACACUAAUAAGUUACUAACAAAAAAAGAUAAUAAAAUGAUUACUGAUAUAAAUAAUAACAUUACAUAUGAUAUUUCAAAUGAAACAAAUAGCUCAGACAAAAGUUCACAUUCGACUGUGCCACAUUUGUAUGAGAAAAAAGAUUUAAACAAUUUAAAACCAAAAUUAACAAAUUUAACAUCAAUUACAAAGCGUAUUAAAAAAAAUUCUUUAAGAUCGUCAGUGAAAUUUCCGAAGUCAAAAGAUCUUAUAAACGAAAGAAGUAAAAAAAAUUUAAAUAAUACGGAAAAAAAAAUAAGAAAAGUCAGAAGAGGAAGGAUCUCUAAAAAAAAUUCAACAUUACAUUCUCAAUCAAACAUAACAGUCGAGUCAAUCAAAUCGAGAAAUCAUUUUAAAAAUAAGGGAGAAACAAGAGAUGAUGAAAAGAAGGUAUCCACUGAGAGACAGAAAAAAGGUCCAUAA